AUGCAUGAAUGCAACAUCAGACAGUAUAAGAUAUCUUUCUUCAUUGUUGCAGCACCAGCUAUAGGCAUCGGUCAAACAGUGGCCGGCUUUUGUAAUGGCACUAUCGGUAACGGUUCAACAGCAUUAAAAGGUCCUUGGGGAAUUUACGUUUCUCCACUCAGCGGAGUUUUAUAUGUUGGUGACUGGGAUCUCAAUAGAUUUCAAGCUUAUUCAACAUUCUCGCGCACCGGACGUAUAAUUCUCUCCAGUGGAGUUCUACAACCGUUAGGUAUUUUCGCUGACAGUUCUGGUACCAUCUAUAUGGCCGAUGGGACAUCUGGCAAUGGUGUCGUGUACAUUCAACGAGCUGGAAUAAACCUGAUAAGUUUUCCAGCUUCGGGUCUAUCGACAAGUGCUUGUCUUUUUACAGGACUCUAUACUGCUUAUGGCAUAGCAGUUGAUUCAUCUGGCAAUAUCUAUAUAUCACUGUAUUAUUGUUACAUGGUGGUUAAAUGGGCAGUGAAUGCUACGAGUGGUACACUUGUUGCUGGGGUACCAGGAGUUCAGGGUUCGACUAGUAAUAAACUAGGUCGUCUCCGUUUCAUACAUUUAGACGAAAAUCGAAAUGCGCUCUACGUUAGUGAUUUUAUCAACAAUCGUAUCCAAAUGUUUAUCAUUGGCGGUAACGGAACAGGAACUACAGUAGCAGGUAACUCUAUUGCAGGGACAGGCUUGAACCAACUAAAUGGACCUGGAGGUAUUUGGGUUACACGUGAUAGUAAAACUCUUUAUGUUGCUGAUUAUGGCAACAACCGAGUUAUGAAGUGGACAAUUGGUGCCACUCAAGGAUCUGUUGUUGCCGGCAGUGCGAGUGGUGUAGCAGGCAGUACCACUCAACUUAUGAAUCAACCAGCUGAUGUGGCUCUUGAUCCAAGUGAAACAUAUCUUUAUGUUUCGGACUAUGGUAAUCAUAGAAUCCAACGAUUUCGUAUCCAAUGA